AUGACAACUAAUAAAAAGAAAAUAUCUAUAAUCGGUGCAGGUCAAAUAGGUUCAACUAUUGCACUUUUAUUAGGUCAAAAGAAUCUUGGUGAUAUAUUUCUCUUUGACAUAAUAGAAGGGAUGCCUCAAGGUAAAGCAUUGGACUUAAUUCAUUGCAUGAGUGUAAUUAAUUCCCCUACAUAUAUAACUGGUACUAAUGAAUAUUCUGACUUACAAGAUUCUGAUGUGGUUAUUAUAACUGCAGGAGUUCCUAGAAAACCGAACAUGACUCGCUCUGAUUUAUUAUCUAUCAACGCAAAGAUCAUUAGUUCCGUUGCUGAAAAUAUCAAGGAAUUUUGCCCAAAUUCAUUUGUAAUAUGUAUUACAAAUCCUUUAGAUGCAAUGGUUUAUUAUUUUAAAGAAAAGAGUGGCUUUGCAUCUAAUAUGGUAUGUGGAAUGGCUGGUGUACUGGACUCAUCUAGAUUUAAAUGUCAUUUGAGCCAAAAACUUGGCGUUAGACCUAAUGAUAUAUCAGCUAUAGUUAUUGGUGGUCAUGGAGAUCGAAUGAUUCCUAUGAGAAGUUCUAUUACAGUAGGAGGUCUUGCACUAUCUAAUUUUAUUAGAGAUGGUCAGAUAACUAAUGAUGAAUUGGACGCUAUUAUUAAACGUACAGCUUUUGCAGGAGGUGAAAUCUUAGAUCUAUUGAAAACUAGUUCAGCCUUUUUUGCUCCAGCAGCUUCAGCUGUUGCGAUGGUAGAAGCUUAUAUAAAAGAUAGCAAAGCCUUAUUAGUUUGUUCUGCUGAACCAAAUGGUGAAUAUGGAGUAAAAGGUUUAUUUGUUGGUGUUCCUGUUAUUAUUGGAUCUAGGGGUGUGGAGAAAGUUGUGGAAGUUGAGAUGUCUGGUUCAGAAGAACAAUUAUUUAAAGAUUCCAUUGAAUCUAUAAAGGAACUAUUAGAAACUAUGAAAUCCCUAAAUUUAUAA